UGAACAUAUUUUAAAACAAGAAUACUUGAUUCUUAAAUAUAAGUGAAUUUCUAAUACGAACAAUUAUAUUUUUAAAAACAAUUAUUAAGAAAACAAUUUUAUAGUACAAUUUAAUAAAUUAAUCUUCAUUUAAUAUGAAUAUAAUAUUAUAUAUUAUUUUGUUAACAUGUUGCCUUACUUUAGUAUCCUGUGAAUUGUUUACAACAGUGGCAGGUGCUGUUGGUCUUAGCAGUUUAGGAAUUUAUUACUAUCAAUACGUACAUUGUAGAUAUCAUGAAUGUUGUACUGACGAUUAUAUUUAUCUUGAUUUGCAAAAACUUGAGAAACUUAUGAAAAACAAGUUAUAUGGACAGCAUAUUGCUUAUAAAACAAUAAUGAACGCUUUACGUGGUUAUUUAAAUCAACAUGAUCAAGGAAAACCAUUAUCGUUCAGUUUUCAUGGCACACCAGGAACUGGUAAAAAUUAUGUUGCAAAGUUUAUUGCAGAAUCCUUGUAUAAAAAAGGUAUAGAAAGUAAAUAUUUCCAUUUCUUUAAUGGUAGAAUUGAAUUUCCAGUAAAAGAGGAAGUUGAAAAAUAUAAGAUGUUACUGCAGUUUAAGAUCAAAAAUGCAUUAGAAAAUUGUCCACAAUCUUUAUUCGUCUUUGACGAAGUAGAUAAAAUGCCUGAAGGAGUAUUAAAUGUUCUUGUACCUUUCUUGGAUUAUAAUACAUGGUCAACAAAAAGAAAUACAAAUAAGGCCAUUUUUAUAUUUUUAUCUAACACCGGUAGUAGACAAAUUGUACAACAAUUAUUAAAUCUUUGGGAAAAGGGUAUAAGCAGAGACGAUACUAAGCUUCAAGAUUUUGAAAACUUAAUAUCUAUCGGAGCAUUCAAUGAAAAAGGAGGAUUUCAUCUUAGCGAUACUAUAGAAACUAGUGUUAUUGAUCAUUAUAUUCCUUUUCUUCCACUGGAAGAGGAACAUGUUAAAAAUUGUGCAAAAACAGCAUUCAUAAAAAGAAAAAUCGAACCAACUACAGAAAUGAUAGACGAAGCUUUAUCGCAUAUGACAUUUGAUCCUCCACCUCAUAACUUGUAUUCGAAAUCUGGUUGUAAAAGAAUAGAACAAAAAGUAGCUACUAUCAUAUAUUCUAUAAAAUAAUUGUUAUUUAUUAUAUUUAUUUCAACAUUUCUACUAAAAAUACUUCUUUGUAAUUGAAUAAAUAUUAUAUCUGAUAAA